GCCAUCUAGGAAAGCGGGCGGCCUCAAGUUCAAGCAAGACCCACCGGUGGCAGUAGUAACAGGGACGGUACCAAGCCGCUUAACUACACUCUCCAGCAGGGGAUCUAGGGGAGGGCGAGCUCAGCAGCCGUCGCCCUCGCUUAACGUAGACGUAGCGGGCGUAUUUUUUGUCGCCCUCGUCGUCGUUUUCGUGGCGUGGCCCAUGGCGCAAUUCGCUCUUGAAUUUUUUUCGCGCGACGCGUGAUGCCGCGGGCGAGAUGCUGCCUGCUCCUCGUGGCGACGCUGGCCGCCGCGAGCUUCCCCGAGCUCACGCGCGACGGCACCAUAAAACAACACACGGACGCGACGCCGCGCUACGACGCCGACAAGUGCUUCAAGCGAGCGGGCGUCUCGUCUUUCAUCUCGAGUAAUCGGAGAUACUGGAUCCAUCCCAAGCGCCGCCCGGACACGAGCUACUCCUGGACGCCGACGGGAGGAACGAGGAUCGAGGUGCCGACGGCCGCCGCGGCGCGGCGCGCUCUGCAAAACCAUACCAUUGUUGUGAUUGGGGACUCGCUCAGUAUUCAGUCGUACGUGUCGCUCGCGGCGCUGCUCGUCUGCGGUGACGGAGACGCCGCGCGCAAGGGCGGGGGCGCGUCGAUCAGGCUGCCCGAGUAUAGCAUCGAGCUGAGGCACGUCGACGCACGCUUCGGCGUCGCCAGCAGCCAGACCAAGGCGACGGGCGGCAGCGCAUGGUUCGUCGACAAGGGCAAGAAAAAACAUAUGAGGAGCCGGGGCGUGAAGAGCGUCGUGAGGCCCUGGGGCGAACCGGGCAAGCCGCCGCAGGCUAUCGAGGGCGUGGUCGAGGCGCUCCGCGAUUUCAAAGGGCGCGAAGAUGUAACGUACGUCGUGAUUUACGGCCACUGGUUCAGCUCUCGGCGCUCGGACGUUUCGUUUUACUCCAAAGCCGGCAAGCCCAUCGCACCUGGUCCCAAGCUCUACGAGCAGACGACGCGCGUGCUGUCGCGGGAGCUCGCCAACGGGAUGACUGGUACCAAACAACGCGCGGUGUUCCUUGGCUUCCCGCCGAUCAAAAACGCGAAGACCAGCGACGUCUGCUCCCACGACUCGAAGUGGAGCCGGGCCGUGCAGACGGCCUUAGCUGGGUUCGACGCGGAACGGCAUGGCGUCUUUUUCCUCGACCUCGAGUGUCCGCUCGCGCGCCUGCCGCACUCGUCUUAUGCUUACCGCAGCCCGGGCCACCGACAUCUGCCAGGCGCGCCCGACCUCGCGAACGCGAUACUGAUGCGGUUCCUCGCACACGUAGAUAGAUGA